CCAUAAUCUGGAAUAGAGGAAUGGCAGUCAUCUAGUUGUGACAAAUUAUUUGGAACAUAUUAUUCACAAAAUGGCUAAAUCCUACGAUUAUUUAUUUAAACUAUUACUUAUUGGAGAUUCAGGAGUUGGAAAAACGUGUGUUUUAUUUAGAUUUUCAGAGGAUGCCUUUAACACAACUUUUAUAUCAACAAUAGGCAUAGAUUUCAAGAUAAGAACAAUAGAACUCGAUGGGAAGAAAAUAAAGCUUCAAAUUUGGGAUACUGCCGGCCAAGAGAGAUUCAGAACUAUUACCACAGCCUAUUACAGAGGAGCAAUGGGGAUAAUGCUAGUUUACGACAUAACGAACGAGAAAAGUUUUGAAAACAUUAAAAACUGGAUCCGCAACAUUGAAGAAAAUGCGUCUGCUGAUGUUGAGAAAAUGUUGCUAGGAAACAAGUGUGAACUCAAUGAAAAAAGACAGGUAUCAAGAGAGAGGGGAGAAGCACUUGCAAUAGAAUAUGGAAUCAAGUUUAUGGAGACCAGUGCCAAGGCCUCAAUCAAUGUUGAAGACGCUUUCUACACAUUAGCUAGGGACAUCAAAACAAAAACAGAGAAGAAACUGAAGGAAGCAAGUAAUCCGCCUAAGGGGGGCCACCAAUUGAAGGCCAUCGAGCCCCACCGCAAGCCCACCAACUGGCUAGCCCGCUGCACUCUCCUCUGACGCCCCCCGCCACUCUGCCACCUCAAGUGCUGUGAACAAGUGUCUUGACUGUCGACAUUGCUACUAUGAACAUAUUUCUAUGAUUUUUUUUAUAGAAGAAGAUCUGAAAAUAUGUGUAUAUAAAUAUAAUUAUGUCGCACACAAUAUUUGACAUAAGUAAGAUUUUCAUGUUACAUUCAUUGUAGCUUUCUUUUCUUGAAAAUGUAAUUUACCUUUUCUUACCGAUGAAACGCAAGUUUUUACAGGAGUCAUUUUUUUUAAAUAAGUAAUAAUUCUUAAAAUAAAAAUGCCAUGUUUUAUUAAUUAUUUUUAUUGUAUUAUUUAGUUUUGUACAAUAUAUUUCAAGUUUAUAUAUAUAAUUAAUAUAUGUGAUAACAGUUCUAUAUUUAUUUUUUUAAGUUAUAUUUUAUUUUAAAAUAUUAUGUUUAUCCUAUUUUGCAUAGAUUAUUUGUUUGAAUUAUAUAAACCCCGAACCUUGUACAGAAUGCGAUGUGCAACACAAAAUAUUAAAAACAAUAUUUAACGUAUUGUCAGCCAAAACAAAAAAGAUUGCUACCAUAACAAACAAAUUGAUACCACAGUUUGAUCAGAAUUUAAAAGAAUUCAAUGAGGGCCAAAGUCAAGUGCCUGUACUUAAACAGUUUUAGUGGAGUGUGUUUUAUACAGUCGGUUGGUUACUCUUGGCUUACAUAUUAUGAUCUCAACACAGGACUGCAGAAUUGUAGCACAACUAUUGAACGUGAGCGCUUUGUGUUUUUGUACGGAUUGUUGAGCCGGAUUCGUCAUUUUAUUGACAACCACUUUAGUGUUGUCAACUAAUUAUGGAUCAAAGGCUUAAUAUUCAUGUGAGGGGUUCUUCAUCCUUAUUACAGGUAUUUAGGAUAAAUUUUAUAUUGUAAUAUUGCAUUAUAAAACAUUGUUGUUAUAAUAAAGUAGCUGUAUUUUCUGUUAAA